AGACCACUAAUAGCUUUCAGUUUACAAAGAACUCUAAGCACUCUCUCUAUCUCCGCUUGGUAAUCUUUUCUUCUUGUCUAAGUAAGUAAUAAACAUGGCUACAACACUAAUAACAAGGAAAGAUCAUCAUCGCCCUAGGGCAGUGCCUAAUCUGCACAAUCCAGUUCUUGAUUCUGAAAAGAGAUCAAGAACAAGUUACAUGGCACAGCAGCAACAAGGUGGAGACUAUUAUCAUCGUAAUCAACUAGGGCUUCAAGCCAAGAAACCGAGGGUUGAUCGUUUUAAUAAUAAUGAGGCUGUCAAUUUCGGUCCAAAGAUUCAAUCUUUUCCGCAGUUUGAGGGCAAGAAGGUGGAGAUUAAUUAUGGGGUUUCUGGUUUCGAUGCUAGGGUUCAAGCCCGUGAGCCAGAGUUGAGUAAUAAUGGGGUUUUGACACCAAAUUUCCGGCCUUUGCCACAACUUCAAGAUCAGAAAGCAGAGGGGAAUAAUGGGUUUUUUAUGCCAAGUUUGCAAGCUUGGAAGCCUGAGGGUAAUAAUUUUGUGGUUUCAAGGCCGUAUCCUCCACUUUCGCAGCCAUUUCAAGGCAAGAAGCUAGGGUUUUAUAAUGGGUUUUCAGUGCCAAAUUAUCAAGUUUCUCGACAUUUUCAAGACAGUAGUUUGAAGGUUGAUAAUGCGGUUUUCAAUCCAAAUCAUGCUAUGCAGCAGGAUCAAGAGAAGAAGUCAGAGGUUAACAAGGGGGGUUUUAUGCCGAACCUUAAUUUGUUUAGUUCAAAGUCACUAGGAGGCCCUUUGUAUUCAAUGCCAAAUCCUGCCAUUGUAAAGCCCAUGUUGAAUCAAAAUGUAACUAACAUGUGUUUGCUGAAUUCACAAUCACAUAGUUCUCUUGCGUCUUCUGGUUUGUUAACAAGCUCUUCUUUUGUGCUUUCUAAUUCUUUGAAUGAUGUUAAAAAUAUGUAUAUUAAUUCAGCUCCACUGCAUUCUGGUUUCUUAACAAAUUCUGUGUUGUGUAAUAAUGCAGUUAAUAAAAAUGGGGGUUUCACUCCAAAUCCCCCAGUUAUGCAGCUUAAUUUGGUGAAUCUGAGCGCUACAAACAUGCCUUUGAAUUCACAGGCUCAAGUAGCCUCUUGCUAUUCUGAUUUGCUAACCACUUUGGUUGGCAAUGGAGUAGUUUCUUUGGCUAAACAUGAAGUCCAAAGUAAUAAUGCAAAUAGUUGCAAAUUCAAUUGUGCACCAAAGUUGCUGGAAACCAGCAACCAACUUGUGGCUAAUGGAUGUCCUGGUUUGAGAAAUUCACUCAUGAGUUCCUUGAUUAAAAAGGAAGAUGAUUUUAGGGGUGGUGUUGUAUUUGAUGCAAACCAACUUAAGGUGAGGCAUGAAUCUGUGAUUAGAUCCUUGUAUGCUGAUAUGCCAAGACAAUGCUCCACAUGUGGAAUCAGAUUCAAGUUCCAAGAAGAUCAUAGCAAGCAUAUGGAUUGGCAUGUGAUUAAAAAACGGACAAUCAAGAUAUCUAAGCAGAGAAGCAUUUCUCGUAUGUGGUUGGAUGGUGUAGAUAUGUGGCUGGCUGCUAGGGCAGAUGUUGCUGCAGUUCCUGGAUUUGCAAAAGCUGAUGCUCCUGUAGAGAAGGAAAAAGAAGAAGAUUGGAUGAGUUCCACUGAUGAAAACAAAGUAUGUGCCUUGUGUCGAGAACCAUUUGAAGAAUUCUACAGCCACGAGGCUGAUGACUGGAUAUUCAGAGGAGCUGUCUACCUGAACGCGGAAAAGAAAUCAGCAGCUGAAAGCAUGGAUAGGAGUCGAUUAGGUCCUGCUGUGCAUGCCAAGUGCAGGCCAGCGUCCAAGUAGUAAUGCUAGUAGUCAAAUUUGGGUUAUGCAAUUUGUAAACUCCAUUCUAUCUUGAUGUAUUAACCAUAUGCUAGUAAAGGUCAAGCAAAUAUUGUACAUGUUACUCUCUUCACUGGAAUAAACAUGCACAAAUGUUCUGUUAAUAUAUCGUUGUAAUGACAAAUUCUCUUCAUAAAAUUCAUCAACUUUUGUGUCAAA